UCGACGCUUGGCUAUAAAAAGAGCUCGACCGAUCGAGCUCUACAUUCACUUUAAAAUCUAAACACAUUACACUGAAAUGCAUACAAUGAGAGUUUAUAACAUGAAAUUGUUCAUGGUUGUGAUUGCAUUGUUUGCGCUGGCUGGUUCCAGUGAGGGACAAGCACCGCCGUGCGAUGGGUCGGAGACAACACAGCCACCUUGUACUACAACUGAUACACCCUGUACGACAACACAGCCACCCUGUACGACAACAGAGCUACCCUGUACAAUAACAGAGCCACCCUGUACAACAACGCCCCCUUGUACAACACCACCCUGUACUACAACACCACUCUGUACAACAACGCCACCCUGUACUACAACGCCACCCUGUACAACAAUGUCAACCUGUACAACACCACCUUGUACAACCACUGAGCCGCCCUGUACAACAAAGCCUCCUUGUACAACAACGCCACCCUGUACUACAACACCACCCUGUACAACAACGCCCCCUUGUACAACGUCAGCCUGUACUACAACGCCACCCUGUACAACACCACCUUGUACAACCACUGAGCCGCCCUGUACAACAAAGCCUCCUUGUACAACAACGCCACCCUGUACUACAACACCACCCUGUACAACAACGCCACCUUGUACUACAACCCCACCCUGUACAACAACGCCACCCUGUACAACAACGCCACUCUGUACGACAACAGAGCUACCCUGUAUAAUAACAGAGCCACCCUGUACAACAACGCCCCCUUGUACAACAACGCCACCCCUGUACAACAACGCCACCCUGUACAACAACGCCACCCUGUACAACAACGCCACUCUGUACAACAACGCCACCCUGUACUACAACGCCACCCUGUACUACAACGCCACCCUGUACAACAACGCCACCCUGUACUACAACGCCCCCUUGUACAACGUCAGCCUGUACAACAACGCCACCCUGUACAACAACGCCACCCUGUACAACAACGCCUCCAUGUACAACAACUCCACCCUGUACAACAACGCCCCCUUGUACAACAACGCCACCCUGUACAACAACGUCCCCUUGUACAACGUCAGCCUGUACUACAACGCCACCCUGUACAACAACGUCACCCUGUACAGCUACGCCACCCUGUACAACAACGUCACCCUGUACAACAACACCUUGUACAACCACUGAGCCGCCCUGUACAACAACAGAGUGCACAGAUACAAUUGUAACAAUUAGUCUUGCCAAGCCCCGCUGUAAAUGCCCCUCUGGCC